GACCCAAGCCCACCCCAUCAGGAGGGCAAACUACCCCCCCAACAGGACCCAAGCCCCCCCCACCAGGAGGCAAAACUACCCCCCCAACAGGACCCAAGCCCCACCACCAGGAGGGCAAACUACCCCCCAACAGGACCCAAGCCCACCCCACCAGGAGGCCAAACUAUCCCCCCAACAGGACCCAAGCCCACCCCAUCAGGAGGCCAAACUACCCCCCCCAACAGGACCCAAGCCCACCCCAUCAGGAGGCCAAACUACCCCCCCAACAGGACCCAAGCCCACCCAUCAGGAGGCCAAACUACCCCCCCAACAGGACCCAAGCCCACCCCAUCAGGAGGCCAAACUACCCCCCCAACAGGACCCAAGCCCACCCCAUCAGGAGGCCAAACUACCCCCCCAAUCAGGAGGCCAAACUACCCCCCAUCAGGAGGCCAAACUACCCCCCCAUCAGGAGGCCAAACUACCCCCCCAUCAGGAGGCCAAACUACCCCCCCAUCAGGAGGCCAAACUACCACCCCAUCAGGAGGCCAAACUACCACUCCAUCAGGAGGCUAGCCCACCCCAUCAGGAGGCUAGCCCACCCAUCAGGAGGCUAGCCCACUCCAUCAGGAGGCUAGCCCACCCCAUCAGGAGGCUAGCCCACCCCAUCAGGAGGGCUAGCCCACCCCAUCAGGAGGCUAGCCCGUCACAGCCCAAGUCCUCAGACGAGGCCCGCCACGACCUGGUAGGAGAGCAGCGAUUGGUCCAGGGCUCUGAGAGGUCCUGCCCCCAGCUCUCCUCCUCGCUUCCCGACGUGUUGUCGGUCGGCCGCUCCGGGAGAGCCAUAACCCCGAGUCACAGCUCUGCCCACGGGUCCACAGAGUCCCUCUCCCUCAGUGGAAAGGCCUCGGAAAAAUGUGGAAUUCUGGACAAUUCUAAAAUUCUGGAUGAGGAGGAUAUUCUUGAUUUAGGAGCGGUGGCCUCUGAACCGGAAGCUCCUUGGCAACCGGAGGACGAGGGGAAAAUGGGGGAGGAAGAGGAAGAGACAGGAAUUCCCCAUUGUCUGGUGGAGUCUGUGUUUAGUGCAGAUUUCCAUGGUGACGACGAGAGGCCCGUGGCUUUCUCCGAGUCAAUUGGUCAGAGGGUGAGGAAAGAGAGGAGGAGUAGAACUAGGAAGAUGGACUCUGAUAGGCUGGAGCCUGCUGUCAUAGUGAAGGACGCUAUCCAAUCAGUGAGCGAGGGGGAUGGAGGAGGGAAGUUGGUGGGAGAAAUGGGUGAUGGGGGAGAGCAGGUGUGGGAUGGGGACAGAGGGUGAGGGA